GAUGCUGAGCUGCAUUCCCAUCAUUCUGUGAGCAGAGGAGGACUCUCCUGCGCAUACACAACGGAGGAGACGCCGAGCCGAGCGACAAGAAUAAUCUAAAAUAAUCCAAAUUUAGCUUUUUAUCUGCCACCAUGUCAGCAGGAGGCGAUCUGGGGAAUCCCCUGAGGAAGUUUAAACUCGUAUUUUUGGGAGAGCAGAGCGUGGGGAAAACAUCGCUCAUCACUAGAUUCAUGUAUGACAGCUUUGACAACACAUACCAGGCGACCAUUGGAAUUGACUUCCUAUCAAAGACAAUGUACCUGGAAGACCGAACAGUAAGGCUCCAGCUGUGGGAUACAGCCGGACAGGAGCGUUUCAGGAGCCUCAUCCCGAGCUACAUACGAGACUCUACAGUUGCUGUGGUCGUUUAUGACAUUACAAAUGUGAAUUCAUUCCAACAAACCUGCAAAUGGAUUGAUGAUGUCAGGACAGAAAGAGGAAGUGAUGUCAUCAUAAUGCUUGUUGGCAACAAAACAGAUCUGGAAGAGAAGAGGCAAAUCACAAUUGAGGAAGGAGAACAGCGAGCCAAAGAGCUGAACGUCAUGUUCAUCGAGACUAGUGCCAAAACAGGCUGCAAUGUCAAACAGCUGUUUCGUCGGGUUGCAGCCGCCCUACCUGGAAUGGAAAGCCUGGAUGAUGCAAAUCCUGAAGGCAUGAUCGACAUCAAGCUGGACAAACCAGCGGAGCCAACUGUCCCCGAGAAUGGGUGCUCAUGUUAAUGCAGAGCUGCUAGCAGACAGCUUCGUUCACACCAUAGGCUUGUUGUGUUGCUUACUACUGGUUAGCUUCCAGUUGACUUCUCUGAUUGGAUAUAGGAUAAGGGCCUUGUAUCUGAUUGGACAAAUCAAAUGUUAUCUCUCAGUCUUGUUCAGUUGUAAGAUAUUGUAUACUUUGUCAAUAUGUAAGUGACUGGAGGAAAAACGGGCAGAAAAAGUGUUUAAACAAAAACAAACAAAAAGCAAGUUUCAGAAAAAUGAACGGAACAUGAUUCUUUUUGCUGUUAUGUUUUGUAUUUUUAUA